CCUGUGGCAUGUCAGGUGCUGCUCAGGGAAGACCAAAAACAAUUGGAGGAAUGCUCUUGAAUUCUAUCUUUAACACUGUGACUUGAUUACAGAAGCACAUUGAGAAUGCCUCUGUGGCAGAGAAGUAAAGUUAUAGUACUGAAACGAGGGAAGGAAUUCUGCACAGGAAGUCAGUUCCUGAUCUUGGCGUUUCAACCCCUCCUCUUCAUCAGGCUAACAGCCCUGAUAUCGAGAGCUUGGUUACCUGCUGGAUGUAAUGACAAUUUUUUUCUUUCAAAGAAGUAUGACUCAAGGUGAUUAUGGGAAGUGGACAAUAUCCAGUAGUGACGAAAGUGAGGAGGAAAAGCCAAAACUAGACAAGCCAUCUACUUCUUCCCUCCCCCAUGCUGGACAAGGAGCAGCAAAUGAACCAAGAUACACCUGUUCUGAGGCUAGGAAAGCUGCCCAUAGAAGGAAAUUGUCACCUGUGAAGUUCAACACAGAUUCACAAGUUUCACCUCCCAAAAGGCAGAAGAGUGGUUCCCAGGAAGACCUAGGUUGGUGUCUCUCCAGCAGCGAUGAUGAGUUGCCACCAGGAACACAGCAGAAGGAAGCUAAGAACGUGGUGGUCAAAGAGGAGAGCGGCAUCUCUUCUCCCAAAGACCGUGCCGCCCAAAGAACUGGAAAUCAUGGCCCUCCCGCCCACCAUGGACGAAAAGAGGAGGAAGAGGAGUACGAAACUUCAGGGGAAGGCCAAGACAUUUGGGACAUGUUGGAAAAAGGGAACCCCUUCCAAUUUUACCUCACUAGAGUCUCGGGAAUUAAGCCAAAGUAUAACUCUGGAGCCCUCCACAUCAAGGAUAUUUUAUCUCCUCUAUUUGGGACACUUGUAUCUUCAGCUCAGUUUAACUACUGCUUUGACGUGGACUGGCUCAUAAAACAGUAUCCACCAGAGUUCAGGAAGAAACCAAUUCUACUUGUGCACGGAGAUAAACGAGAAGCUAAGGCUCACUUACAUGCCCAGGCCAAGCCUUAUGAAAACAUUUCCCUUUGCCAGGCAAAGUUGGACAUUGCGUUUGGAACACACCACACGAAAAUGAUGUUACUACUGUAUGAAGAGGGCCUCCGGGUUGUCAUACACACCUCCAACCUCAUCCAUGCUGACUGGCACCAGAAAACUCAGGGAAUAUGGUUGAGUCCCUUAUACCCACCAAUUAUCCAUGGAACCCACAGAUCUGGAGAAUCAACAACACAUUUUAAAGCUGAUCUCAUCAGCUACUUGAUGGCUUAUAAUGCUCCUUCACUCAAGGAGUGGAUAGAUAUCAUCCAGGAGCAUGAUCUUUCUGAAACCAAUGUUUAUCUUAUUGGAUCAACCCCAGGACGCUUUCAAGGAAGUCAAAAAGAUAAUUGGGGACAUUUUAGGCUUAGAAAGCUUCUGAAAGAGCAUGCGUCUCCUAAAGGAGAGUCUUGGCCGGUAGUAGGUCAGUUUUCAAGCAUUGGGUCUAUGGGAGCUGAUGACUCGAAAUGGUUGUGUUCCGAGUUUAAAGAAAGCUUGGUGACGCUGGGGAAGGAAAGCCAAACCCCAGGGAGAAGUGCCGUUCCUCUUCAUCUGAUCUAUCCUUCUGUGGAAAAUGUGCGAACCAGCUUAGAAGGAUAUCCAGCUGGGGGCUCUCUUCCCUAUAGCAUCCAGACAGCUGAAAAACAGAAUUGGCUCCAUUCCUAUUUUCACAAAUGGUCGGCUGACACAUCUGGCCGCAGCAAUGCUAUGCCACAUAUUAAAACAUAUAUGAGACCUUCUCCAGACUUCAGUGAAAUUGCUUGGUUCCUUGUCACAAGCGCAAAUCUCUCCAAGGCCGCCUGGGGAGCAUUAGAGAAGAACGGCACCCAGCUGAUGAUCCGUUCCUAUGAGCUUGGGGUCCUUUUCCUGCCGUCAGCAUUUGGCCUGGACAGCUUCAAAGUAAAACAGAAAUUCUUCUUUGGGAGCAAGGAGCCAGCGGCCGCCUUUCCUGUGCCAUAUGACCUGCCUCCAGAACUGUAUGGAAGUAAAGAUCGGCCAUGGAUUUGGAACAUUCCUUAUACCAAAGCACCAGAUACACAUGGGAAUAUGUGGGUUCCUUCCUGAGAAUCUUAAAGCACUGUGAAAUUUAGGUGUAAGAUGUCAAGCCCCAAAUAAUAGAUGUUCUUAUUUGUACUGGAUAUUCACCCUUAAAUGACACCCCUAACAAAAUUCUGCAUAACUCACUCUUGUGAACAUGGAUGCUCGUUGUACUUUCAAUGGUCAUUAACAGUGUCACUAAAAAAUAUAUUUUCUUAAUUCACUAAAAGUUUUGGAAUGAGAGCUAUGAAAUUUGACAAUGUUCAGAGUAUAGUGAUGUGGAAUUUCACAAUGACGUCCGCUCUUCCAAAGUGGAGAUUGACGGUGUGUAGCGUUCUCCAUCCUGAAAGAUGCUCUUCAUUCAACUGAAACUUGUCAGGGGAAGAAUGUGAUCGUUGGCUUAUCACCCAGCCCUCCGCUUUCUGAGCGUGUCUUAGGGUUGCUGGACAGGAGUCUGCAGAUGUUCCUGGCCUCUGCCACUGAGGUCGGUGUGGCUACCCCUCAGAUGCACCGAGUCCUACUGCCUCUUGUCGUCCUGCAGCUUCACGAGGCUUUUCAUCCAGGUGCCAUGCUGGCUGCCUCUGCUUACAGAUGGGUCCUGCUGGACUGGGCCACCCCCCAUUUCCUCAUCCAUUCCCCGGAACAGAUGGGGGUCUCUUUCAUCUCCACAAGUUUCCAGAAAAGACAGCUCACAGAACCAUAUAACGCACAAGUAUUUUACUUGCAAGAAACCCUGAAAGGUAACCUAAUUUGGUGCCUUCAGUUCGCAAGCAAGGAAACUCAGUCCUAGAAAGGUUCAGAAUGUUCCCUGCAUCACAGGUGAUUUGGGUCAAAGCUGUGAGUGUCUCCGCUUUAUGUAUGUAUGUCCUUCAUACUUAUCCCGUUCUCUUAAGGUGACGUGGACCACCUUCUUUUCUACGUGAGGCUGAUUUCCAGUUUGUCUCCAGCCUCUUUAUCUUACAACUUAGAAGAGUGUCGAAUAUUAGUUUUGAAAGAUUUUUGAAGAUUGCUUUUCAUACUGUUCCUCAGAGGCCUACGAUUUUCACCUUAGGACCUGGCAGGGCAGAGGGAGCGUGCUGUCAUAGAGAAGUCUGGGAAGACAGUUGCAAGCCCUCCGCUCUUCUCCUGUCACAGAAACUCUGCUUUACCUAGUCAGUAUUUUGGGAUUCCGUAAAGGAUAUUACCUGGGAUUAUGUGUGUUUGCGUGCUCGUGCUGCUUAGAAAAAGUGAAAAACCACCGAAUUACUCAUCUUACCUGUGUAAUGAACUGGUUAAACUAAGGCUUAAACCUAUUCUGACCCUCCCUUUUACUUCCCAGAACAUGCAAACCCUCCAUCAUGGCCGGGAAGGCUCCCGGGGCUGGCCUGGAGUGGGUGCUGGGCAGUCUGUGUGUUCAAAGGCCUGUCAGGGGACCUGUGAUUCUCACCAGCAUGGUGGUCCCAUCCUGGGUGGGGGUGGGGCGGCACCAAACAAGCAUCUCAGUCAGCGGUGUCACUACGACUGUGAGCAGGACUCAACAAGCCUGGGCUCUGCAGGAUGGGUUCAGCCACUCGAGAGGACAGCCGCAGGUCGACAGCAGUCACUGGGCGGAGUCAGUCACACAGGUACAGUGCUCAUCUGAUCUGCAUCCCUGCAAAGUGGGUUGAAGCUCAGAGCUGGUCAGACUGCCAGAGUUUGAAUCCCUGCUCUGCCACUUACGGCUGUGUGACCUAGACCAGGUUAUUUCACUUCUCUGUGCCUUGGUCCCUCAACUAUAAAAUGGCAGGGGUGGUGGUAAUAGUCCUCGCAGAGGACGACGGAGAGUGGUGGGUGCAUGCGUGGAGAUACUCAGAGCCUACUCCUGCCGCUGCUACAGUUGAUCCAUUGGGAUUAUCCUCAUUUUCCUGAUAAGGAAAUCGGGACGCAAAAAGGUGAAGUGCUUGUGCAAGGUCAUACUUCUAGAAAGUGCUCUCACCAGUAUUUGAACCCAGGUCUGUCAGCGCCCUAAGCCUGUUUUCUGCCAGGUGGCCCAAGCUCCCAGACAGCAUGGUAUGGGAGCAGAGGGACAGUUUUUACCCCCCAGUGUAUUGUGGACACUUUUAUAGAAUACAGAAUCGGGGGCUUGGAUGUUACAGCACUGUCAGAUUACAAUGGAAGUUCUAAAUGCUCACUUGUUUUCUGUACUCCUCACAGACCAGCCCUGGUCCAUGGGCCAUACUUCAAGUAACAUUCCUCUACAUCCAGUGGGGACCCAAAGAGGGGCCCAUCUGGAAACAAGUUCUGUAGAAUGGGUGGCUGGGGACAUCAAGGUAACAUAGGGGAAGCCCGUGGUCAAGGGUUAUGCACUCAGUGGGUGUCCAGGCCCAACUGCUAACAGCAGCCUUCUGUGCCGCUUACCCUGAUCAGCAUGGUCUCAGGGAAGGCAGGCCAGCAUGGGUAGGUGGGGUCCUAACAUGAGCUUUCUGGGCAUAGUUGAUUGCACACAUGGAAAGCAGUGCCUCAAGAAUAAUCAACAUGGGAACCCAAAAUGCAAGCAGUUCUGCCUCAUCUGAUCCUUUUUUAAAUGGAACUGACCGAAUUACCCAAAGUGCUACAAAAAAGCAUCAUCAAACAUGCCUAUUAAUGUUUGAGGAAAUUACUUCCAUUAUUCUCAGCUUUGGGUUUAACAAUUAUUUCUCCGUGACUCAAGGAUCGCUCACCCCGCCCUUGUGUCUGCAGGUAGCUGCCUGCCGCCUUUUAUCCUUUUCUCCCCCACCUUCUCCCCCUGCUUCAGAUCUGGAAACACCAGCCAGUGACUAUACCUGCUGAGGGCAAACAUCCACAUCAAAAUUCAACUUCCUGCCAUUUCAUAAACUUCUAAUAUAGGAGACUUACUGGCUGAUUAAGGAGUGUCUCAGAACGCGGACAAAAGGAACCACUGCCUUUCUGUGGAGUUUUCUCUCGAUCUUUUGAAAACUUACCUUACAUCCUUUUACAGAGAUGGACAUGUAGCCAAAAGUCUAAACAAGAUCUUCAUACUAGAUGAAUUUCGACAGAAUAUUUUUUUUAAGAUUUUUUUAUUUAUUUAUUCGACAGAGAUAGAGACAGCCAGCGAGAGAGGGAACACAAGCAGGGGAGUGGGAGAGGAAGAAGCAGGCUCAGCGCGGAAGAGCCUGAUGUGGGGCUCGAUCCCAUAACGCUGGAAUCACGCCCUGAGCCGAAGGCAGACGCUUAACCGCUGUGCCACCCAGGCGCCCCCACAGAACAUUCUGAAUGAGCGUUUGAGUCCUAAAAAAUUUGGGGGCAGAAAAUUGUCGGUCCCCACACACAGCAACAUAAGUCACUUGUCAUUUUGGCAGGAGGAUUCCAUGUCCCCUCCACCUCCCACACUCUUAUGAAGAGAGGAAUGCUUUUAUGGGGUGAAGGAGGGAGAGGAUUUUUUUUUCUUUUUUCUUUUUUUUUUCUAAGGAUUCAUUUAUUUUAGUGAGAGGGAGAGAGAAACAAGCAGACUGUGGCCUGAGCUCGAAGUCGAAGCCUGGUGCGGGGCUCAAUCUCUCCAGCCCGAUAUCACAACCUGAGCUGAAAUCAAGAAUGGGCACUUAACUGACUGCACCUCCCAGGUACCACUAAGUUAUUUAUCACAUUCCUGAGAAAGGCUACCUGGUUUUAACUAGAGUUGAUACAAAUCGUCCUUAAAAUUCACCAAUUUGGGAGGCUGUAUUUUUCCACAUAUUGUAAUAACCAGUGUUUCCUGAGCUCUUCCUCUGUCUUGACUUGUGUGCUUAAAUGCUUUACAUUUAAUCCUCACAUCAGCCUUUUGUGAAAUGACAUCCGUAAGGUUCCACAGUAACAGUGGAGCCCAGCUUUGUUUUCCUGGGUUCUUGUGUAGAAGUCAAAUAGUUCCCCUUAAUAGGACUUACUAAUAUGUGACUUCCAACACAUACAGUUUCUGCAUCAGAUUUGGUAUGCUGAAAAUAAGCAUCUUAGAUUCCAUUUUGUCAACUCUUUUCCCCUCACAUAAAAUUAGUUUACUGUCUAGGGAAAUGACCUAUUAGUCCAUUGUGAAACCAUUUUUGGAUGAUCUGGAUGUUUGGUUCAAAUCUCAGGACAUUUUACUUUCUCCCUCAUAACUGAAAAAUCAGAGCUGUAAUUAAUCCCUUCGUCGAAAAUUCAAGGAAGAGAAUGCCUUGAAAAUACUUGCUUUUGAUUGAUGAAUAACUCAGAAAAAGGCUAGGUAGGCAUUCUUUAUUUACAUCUGUAAAAUGUAGCAGUUGUAUUGACAGAUGAAUGAUAUUCAUUAUAAUGACAAAGUAUGAUGGCAAAAGUGUAGGAACUCAAUUACUGGCAGAAAUAGCUUAAAUAUUAUAUAGGAUUAUAUCUAAAAUUCUGUUGAUAAUGUGCUAACUACAUGUAUGCAUAGA